CAUUUCUUCAAACAUGGCCGUGUGUAGCUGAAAGUUGUCGCGUAGUUCCCGAAAUCAUUGUGGUCGCGAGAUUAUCCCGAAAAUAGUGAAAUGAACGGUGACGGGGACAGUGAACCGUGGUUAUCGGGAUGGGAGCAACAGUGUGCGGACUCCGUGGACGAGCAGCCCGACUUCGAGCAAUCCCUACGUGACGAAUUCGAGGAUUCUCACACGCGAAUAUGGACUGCCUUCCAGGACUCCGCCGCAGCUAUAGCGCAGUUGUAUCGCGAUCGUGUGACCGGCGAGCCCGCGACGCUGUGGCUGCAAUUCCAGACAGCCGCGGGAACAGUGACUUCUUUGUAUAAAGAAUCUUCAGAUAGUAUACGGAAAUCAAGCGAUUUGGCUAAACAAUCAGGAUACCAAAAACGAAAUAAGGAAAUACUCAAUUGGGCGAAGAGGAAACGACGCUUGAUCUGCAGGGAGGAUCUGCUUGCCUAUCUCUCAGGAAAACUUCCGCCGAAACCUAAUCACCAUCAGUACCAUCACCACAGCCACCACAGGAUUCCCAUGUCUCCUCGCUCCAGGAACAUAUCGCCGCCCCCGGGGGUGCAGCCGCCGGAGUCCCUCGGUCUCAACACCGAACUGCACACAUUCAGAGAGGCCUUGGCGCGGUCGCCCCUGUCCUGCAUCGCCCGCGGUCCGGACCUGUGCGCCUUCAUCACCGGCGAGAUGGCCAGGCACUGCAAGAGACCUGCGAGUCCGUCUGACGUCACAAUGGACAGCCCCACGCAACAGAAAAGACCUCGGUACAUGUGAAACGCCGUCGAUCCUGCCGUAGAAUUUCCAAGUUGAAGUUGCCUUCCGUUUGUACACUAGGUUGAAAUUUCGUUCUCGUUUUUGGUGCUCCGAUUUGUUUUCAGUCUGUGAUAAGCCCGAAUGUCUAUUCUUUUGUUUUUACCCGGAAGGCGCGUCGGGGGUCGCGCAGCUUUGGUUUUCAUUCGACUCGCCAACUGGUCUCGUGUGCAGGAGCGGCGGAAACUAAAACACCUUUUCAAAUAUUCGAAGUAGUAAUCUAGAUUAAGGCAAUGAAAAAUUUCAAAAAUGGCCAUUGCGUAACGUGUAAAUAAGGUUUUUUUUUGUUGAAUGCUUGUUGAAAAUUUUUCGUUUUACAUCUAUAAGACAAAUCAUUAUAAAAUGUAUAUUAUAGAGGUGCCUCGGUGGAUUUUUUAUAUACGCGAAGCCUUCCACUUGUGAGAAUCGAUAAUUCAAGACAGACUGCCAUUAUUGUUCUUAAUUUUUAUUUGUAUCGUGCGAGGUUGAAGUACCAUUUUUUAGAAACGUUCGAGAAGUACCGACUCUCAGGUCCGACAAAUACGAUCUACACGCAGGUUUAUAUUGAUUUCUCUUGUAUUUUCUAUUGUUGUUUUCUGGUAUGUAUAUGAGGUUCUUAUUUUCAACAAGUGUUACUAGACUGUACGGAUAUUUGCACAUAUUUAUUUGACUUUUUUUAAGAUCCUUGUUACUUUGUUUCGAUUUAGUAUGAAAUUUUUAAAACCAACCAUGUUUUUUAAGUGCUUCAGUGAUGUAAUUAUUAUGUAAAUUAUUGGUCUAAUAUACUAUUGGUCUAAA